CUUCUAUGAUACACUUAAAAAUUAUGCUUUUUUUAAUAUUUCAAGCUCGCGCCAAGAGAUUAAAAUAGUUCGGACGAUUCCAAAAGAAGAAAUAUUGUUGCUGUGAUACGAUAGUAUUUUGUUUGCAAAAGAUAAUCGAUCGGAUUCGAGAAAGAGAAGAGAGAGAUUUGCAGUGUUUAGUUUCGUUCUGCGUUCUAUAGACGACUAUAAACGCUACUUUCGAAUCGAACAUGUACGACGAUUGCAUAUUCCUUUCGUUGCGAUUUCCGCAAAAACUAUGGCGUAUAGUGAACGAAUGCAAAAGUGGUGCCAUUCGUUGGAGCCUUAAUGGUAAUACGAUUCUUCUUGAUUACAAGAAAUUUCAAGAACAGUAUCUCGACGCGGGUAAUUCCAUCUUCAAAACGAAGAACAUUACGAGCUUUAUCAGGCAGCUGAAUCUGUACGGCUUCCGGAAAGUGACGUCACAUAAUAGAGAUCCAAUUUGUAAUUCUCACAAUCCGGACGUUCAUGAAUUUUUGCAUGAAAAUUUUCGUACUGGAAGGCCCGAUCUCUUGUCAAGAGUAUACAGGAAAACUGCCGGAAAAAUGAGACACUGUCGACGGCUUAAUGCAAAAUGUGCCGCGGAACAGAAUUUUUUAAGCAAGGACUCCGAUCACGUAUCGCGUUUACACAUGUGCCGGUUGGCGUUAACGAAAGCGCUAGAACAAAUAUCGCGAGAAUACCAGCAAAAGCAAAAUCGUAUAUUAAAAGAUGAAAAUACUUUAAAUUCCCCUGAAAAAGUAUUGAAUAGUUUAUAUACGCCACAAAACCAUGAACCCACUAUAGAUUGGAUUACAAAAAAUUCGGUACCAAUUUCUUCAAAAAAGGAUAACUCAAAUGACACACAACUUGCUCCCAGUGUUUAUAUGUGGACAAAUUUUUCUAAAACUAUUAGUUAA